ACACUAAAUAAAAUACACAUCUUCUUUUCAUAUUUUUCAUUUUUUCCCCCCCUUUUUCUCCUUUUUUUUUUUUUAAUUUCUUUUUUCGUUUCUUUACAUUUUUCUUCUCAGAUUUCUCAGAAUUUUGACAGGGUUGAAUUUAGAAUUUGGAGAUGUUAGAGCAGUUACUGAUAUUCACUAGAGGGGGUUUGAUCCUCUGGACAUAUAAAGAACUUGGAAAUGCACUUAGAGGCUCUCCAAUUGAUACGUUGAUUCGUUCAUGUCUUUUGGAGGAACGUUCAGGUGCUGCAUCAUACAAUUAUGAUGUCCCUGGAGCUGCAUACACUCUUAAAUGGACUUUCCACAACGAUCUGGGACUUGUUUUCGUCGCUGUGUAUCAGAAGAUUCUCCAUCUUUUAUAUGUGGAUGAGUUGCUUGCUAUGGUUAAACGUGAAUUCUCGGAGAUUUAUUAUCCAAAAAAGACUGUCUACAAUGAAUUUGAUGAUAUUUUUCAACAGCUCCGGAAGGAGGCGGAGGCUCGUGCUGAGGAUAUCAAGAAAUCGAAGCAGGUGGGCAAACCUGUCAACAAUAAUCUUGGUAAGAAGCAAGGACAGCUGCAAAAUGGUGGUACUGAUGGAGGCAACAAAAAAAAGGGUGGUGGUGAAUCAGGAAAAGAUGGUGGAGAUGGUGAUAAAGUCAAAGGCAAUGCUAAGGAGAAUGGGCAUUCUAACGGUAGAACUGGAAAUGGAGUAGUACAGGUUAAUUGUAAAGAGAAUGGGAAUUCCACUGAUGGGGCUUUUGAUGUAAAUAAGCUACAGAAGCUCAGGGCUAAAGGUGGAAAGAAAGUAGAUACUGUUGUAAACAAAGGUUCCAAGGCAGAGCCUACAAAAAAGAUAAAGAAGAAUAGAGUUUGGGAUGAUUCACCUAAGGAGUCAAAAUUGGAUUUUACGGACCCUAUGAGUGAGAAUGGGAGUGAGAAUAUAGCUGUUGUGGCAGCAGUAGAAGGUGAGAGCAUGAUGGAUAAAGAGGAGAUUGUGAGUAGUGAUAGUGAGACCGAAGAGGAUGAGGAACCAGGGAAAGAUAACAAAGUUGAGGCAAAGAAGAAAGGCUGGUUCUCAUCCAUGUUCCAGAGUAUCGCGGGGAAGGCAAACUUGGAGAAGGCGGACCUCGAACCAGCUCUAAAAGCGCUAAAGGACAGGCUGAUGACCAAGAAUGUGGCUGAGGAAAUAGCUGAAAAGCUGUGUGAAUCUGUGGCAACAAGUCUAGAGGGUAAAAAACUUGGAUCAUUUACAAGAAUUUCUUCAACAGUUCAGGUAGCAAUGGAGGAGGCUCUUGUCCGCAUCUUGACUCCUAAACGCUCCAUUGAUAUUCUAAGGGAUGUCCAUGCUGCUAAGGAACAAGGAAAACCAUAUGUUGUGGUUUUUGUUGGAGUAAACGGAGUUGGAAAAUCUACUAAUCUUGCCAAGGUUGCAUACUGGCUUUUGCAGCAUAAUAUCAAUGUCAUGAUGGCUGCUUGUGACACGUUCCGAUCAGGAGCAGUUGAACAGCUUCGUACUCAUGCACGUAGACUCCGGAUCCCAAUAUUUGAGAAGGGCUAUGAGAAGGAUCCUGCUAUUGUAGCUAAGGAAGCAAUUCAGGAGACUAAUCGAAAUGGUUCAGAUGUUGUUCUUGUCGAUACAGCUGGUCGGAUGCAGGAUAAUGAACCAUUGAUGCGAGCAUUGUCAAAGCUUAUAUACGUCAAUAGUCCAGAUCUGAUCCUUUUUGUUGGGGAGGCACUCGUUGGCAAUGAUGCUGUAGACCAGCUGUCGAAGUUCAACCAGAAAUUAGGAGAUCUCUCACCCUCACCAGACCCGAGGUUAAUCGAUGGAAUUUUGCUGACCAAAUUUGACACAAUCGAUGACAAGGUUGGUGCAGCGUUAUCCAUGGUUUACAUAUCCGGAGCCCCUGUCAUGUUUGUGGGUUGUGGCCAGUCUUAUACAGACUUGAAGAAGCUGAAUGUCAAGUCCAUUGUCAAGACACUCCUCAAAUGAGAACUCCAUGUCUGUCUAAAAACUUGGUUUGGCUUUAACAUGUUGUCCUUAGAGAAAAUGAAACACUUUAUAAUGUUUGCUGCAGUUUGUUUGUAUACUCUCCCAUCUGUGAUCUCACUGUUUUGACCUCUAAGGUGAAUCAAAACCCCUUUUUCUUAUGAGUUAAGUCAUGUAUAUUGUCAGUGUAAAAAAGUUUCAUAGUAUCAAGUCACCUUUAUCUAUUGUAAUAGAUAAUCAACUUUCUUUCAAGAUUAUAAGUCCUACUUAUCGAGGCUUGUAGCUUGUUUGGCCAA